AUCCUACUCAUCCUAAGGCUGAUGUCCUCCAAGAGCAGCGUCUGAAACAUGGACGACCCUUUAAAGGUUGACUGAUUCCAGCUGACACCUUCGUAACUAUGCUGCGAGUCACUCGAGGCCUGAUGGCCACACUAGCCACCAACAACCCGCCUAAUUCCCAAACCCAAUUCAGGGAAUGAUCAAACUGUCCUGUCUAGGACAUACGCACCAAGAGACCUCUUACAUACAGGACGGCAGAUACCCCAAAUCCAAUGGCAUGGGCCAAGUUCUUCAGGAGACCAGGAGGCAAUCUUGCCAGGUCUUACCAGCCGGGAUCUAUGCUGUCCUUGGCCCCUACCAAGGGACUACUAAAUGAGCCGGGACAGAACAGCUGCUUCCUCAACAGUGCAGUGCAGGUUCUUUGGCAUCUCGAUAUCUUCAGACGGAGUCUUCGUCAGCUUCCAAACCACUACUGCUUGGGCGACUCCUGCAUCUUUUGCGCUUUGAAGGGAAUAUUCUGUCAGUUCCAGCACAGCCGAGAGCGAGCGUUACCCUCAGAUAACCUGCGUAAUGCCCUAGCCGAAACCUUUAAGGAUGAGCAGCGCUUUCAGUUAGGCUUCAUGGAUGAUGCUGCGGAGUGCUUC